UUGAUUCUCUUGUGUUUCAGUUUCUCCAUCUGGUCAUGUCAAAUCCAAUGACGAAUCCAACCCAGCGAGGAUUGAGCAAUAUUCUGGCAUGAAUGUGUUUGUUGCUGUGGCAGACGGAGUGAAGACGGUGAUAGUGAUGGAGGGAGAUUCUGUCACUUUAAACACUAAUGUCACUGAAAUAAAGAGAGAAGAUACGAUACUGUGGAUGUUUGGAGAUGAUAACUCUAUCAUAGCUAACAUGAAUGAAGCAACUGGCAUGUUCUCUACUAAGGAAGAUGAGCGAUUCGGAGACAGACUGGAGCUGGACAAACAAACUGGAUCUCUCACCAUCAGAAACAUCAGAACUGAACACACUGGACUUUAUCAACUAAAGAUCAAGAGCACAACUGUGACAACAAAGAGAUUCAGUGUUACUGUCCGUGAUGAUGUGGUGUCAGUGUCAUUGAUGGAGGGAGAUACCGUCACUCUACAGACUGGUGUGACUAAAAUAGAGAAAGAUGAUCAGAUACUGUGGAAGUUUAGAGAUCGAGGCGUCCUCAUUGCUGACUUAACCUGUUAACAGUCGCCCCUGCUAGUUGAGCUCAAACCCAAACCUGACAUAUACACACCAAACCAGUCACAGUUCAUGAACCCUCUGGACUACACACAUAACUGACAGCUCUUUAGAAAGAUGAGAGUUGAGAGUUUGUUUCACAAGGAUAUGAAUUAAUUAUUUCAGUGUUCAUAAAGACUGCUUUGAGGCUUAAAUAUUUUGAAAAGUAAUAGUAAGUGUAUUUACAUAAAAUAUAUUUAGGAGUAAAUAAAUGAAAAUGUCCCAGAACAACUUAAUAAGCAAUGAAGUCCAAGCCACAAUUCGUUAUAAUUCAAAUUGAAGAUUCAGCCACUAAGAAAUGAGCUUCCUAAGGUUUUCCUCUUGAAGAAUAUAACUUAAUAAAAAUAGUAAUUUUAAAUUAGCAGUAAUUAAUAUGAGGUGAAACACAGAACAUGAUUGACACCAAGCAUAAUUUUUGAGGCUGUAUGAACACUGAAACAGUCUUAUUUUGUCUGAAACAUUCAUGUUUGGUCUGAAACAUUCAUUUUUGGUUUGAAAAAUUCAUGUUUGGUCUGAAACAAAACAUUCAUGUUUGGUCUGAAAGCACAGUGGCACAUCAAGAUAGAAACAUGGCUCUUCUCAUGUCAGUUCAUUCUGAAGUUUGAUUCAUAUGUUCAAAUCUGAGAUUCCGAACUGUUCUUUUGCCAUCCACUCUACAUACAUUCACUGUUUGGCACUUAAUAUUUCCGUCUGUUGAUUUAUCAGAUUCUU